AAUGACGUUGCUCAGUCUCCGGUAGCCUGGUCUGCUGGGCGCUCCUCUCUUUCCUUCAGUGAGCCGCUUUUCUAAACUCAGCUCCGGGAAACCAUGGCCGAGCAGGCCUCGGGAUCCACCCAGCCGCCUCAACAUGACGGGCUUCUGCAGCAGCGCGCGGCCGAGCAGGAGCAGAACCGAACCGACUUCCUGAAGCUCAAACAACAGCUGGAGAUGGAGUUCAACCAGAAGCGGGCCAAAUUUAAGGAACUCUAUCUGUCUAAAGAAGAGGAGCUGAAGAGGCAGGCUGCUAUACUGGACAAGGCCCAGGCAGAGCUGAGCAGUGUGCAGACGCAGCUGACCGAGGCUAAAACAGAGAUGGAGACCAUCAAAGCGGUGGCCACCGUCUCUGAGAGCACAAAGCAGGAAGCCAUCGACCAGGUCAAGCAACAGUGGCAGGAGGAGGUGGCGUCACUGCAGGCUAUUAUGAAAGAUGCAGAGCGGGAAGUUAAGUUGCAGUUCCAGCAGAAGUUGGAGCAGGAGCGUGCUCAGUGGGCACAGUACCGCGACGGGGUGGAGCGAGAGAUAGCUGAGCUCCGCCGCCGUCUCUCUGAGGGACAGGAGGAGGAGAAUUUAGAGAACGAGAUGAAGAAGGCUCAGGAGGACGCAGAGAAGCUACGCUCGGUGGUGAUGCCAAUGGAGAGUGAGAUUGCAGCGCUGAAGGCCAAACUGUCAAGCUCAGAAGAUCGAGUUAAGGAACUCGAGGCAGCGAAGGUGAAGGAGCUCAAUCACGUCCUGGAGGCUGAGAAAUCAUGCCGAACAGACUUGGAGAUGUAUGUUGCUGUCCUCAACACCCAGAAAUCUGUCCUUCAAGAGGACGCCGAAAAACUUCGGAAAGAACUACAUGAAGUGGUUCACAUGUUGGAGUUGGAGCGACAGCAGCACAAUCAGCUGAAACACACUUGGCAACGUGCCAACGAUCAGUUCCUGGAGUCACAGCGGCUGCUGAUGCGAGACAUGCAGCGCAUUGAGAGCGUUCUGUCCUCCGAGCAGCUGCGGCAGGUGGAGGAGAUGAAGAAGAGGGACCAGGAAGAGGAUGAGAUGGAAAGACUGAGCCAGGCUAAAGAGGCCAGUGAGGAUGAUGGGACAGAGCAUGGAGAAACGGUGGAGGACUCUCUGCUCGGACUCUCCAUAGAAGAGUCCCACCUCAGCCAGAGCAUCCACAGCUCUCUACACUCUCUGGACGCAGACACCCCGAGCCGUCCGGACGGCUCUGACCCUUAUAAGGAUGGGCUUCGGAGGGUGCAGUCCACUGAUAGCCUGGGUUCUUCAGGAGGGGCCUUACAGCCUCACGGGCUGGGUGGACAAAACAACAAGGCCAAGUCAGCUAGCCAGCUGGACGAGUCAGACUUUGGCCCUCUAGUGGGGGCAGACUGUGGGGGCUUUGACAGCAGGGACACCUCCUCCAUGUCAUCCCUCCAGCCGGGACACUUUCUCCUCACCAAAGACCAGGAGAAGGCCAUUAAGGCCAUGACCCCAGAGCAGGAGGAAACUGCAUCACUCCUGUCCAGCAUCUCUCAUACUGCCGAUACGGCUUACCUUCCUCCGUCUGGCUACCGAUUGGUCAGCGAGAGCGAGUGGAAUCUGCUGCAGCAAGAGUUGAAGAACGCUGGAAGGAAGUUGGGGCGGAGAUGUGAUAUGUGCUCUAAUUAUGAGAAACAGCUGCAGGUCAUUCAGGGACAAGAGGCCGAGACACGAGAUCAGGUUAAAAAGCUUCAGGCCAUGUUGCGGCAGGCGAACGAUCAGCUGGAGCGGACAAUGAAUGAGAGGCAGGAGUUAGAGGACUCUGUCAAGCAGGCCAAUGAGGAAACUACUGCCAAGAUCUCUGAGUUGAAGCAGAAAGUUCAGGAGUCUGAGUCUCUCGUAAGCGCUCUCCAACAGGCCUUCAGCCAGGCCAAGAGGAACACCCAGGAACAGAUGGCUGUGCUGCUACAGUCCAGAGAGCAGGUGACUGAAGAGCUGAACAGACUGCAGAGAGAUAAUGAGAGUCUUCAGGGUAAACACAGACUUCACAUGACGUUGCAGCAGCAAGAGGACUUUCACAUGCCCGCCACUGUACAGGAGCUUCAGAAGCUGGUGUUGCAGUACAGGGAGGACAUUGUUUCUGCGUGCACCGCAGCAGAGCAUUUGGAGGAAAAGCUGAAGGCUGAAAUUCUGUUCUUGAAGGAGCAGAUUCAGGCAGAGCAGUGUCUCAAAGAGAAUCUGGAGGACACUCUACAGCUGGAGAUAGAGGGCUGUAAAGAAGAGAUCGACAUCCUGGAAGCAUCUUUUUCCAGCUUGAAAACAGAACUGGAACGAGUAAAGAGUGAGAAGGAACAGCUGGAGAGCAGCUUGGCAGAGAAGAGCCAGAUGCUGGAGAGCGUCCAGGGCCUGAAGAACAGUCUGGAGGAACAGUUGAAAGACGCCCUCGGCAGCAAGAGUGCUUUGGAGACUCAGGUGUUUGAAGAGAAAGACAAGGCACAGAGACUUCGGACAGAGCUGGAUGUCAGCGAGCAGGUCCAGAGAGAUUUCGUCAAACUGUCCCAGACCCUUCAGGUGCAAUUGGAGCGUAUCCGGCAAGCAGACUCGUUAGAGCGCAUCCGUGCCAUCCUCAACGGCACCAACCUAACAGACAUCAGCCAGCUCCCUGAGACAUGAUGUCACUUCCUCCUUGCACAGAAACACACACACACACACCACCUGUACCCCAGAUCUUCGGCCUGACUCCAUCUAGAUAAACCGAAUCGAGCGAGGAAGACUUGAUCCUGCAGGUCUCGGUGAACACUACUGAUUUCUCCUACUGCUAUCCAGCUUGUCCAUGCGUUCGCAAGAGCAAGUCCAUGCGUUCCAUCUGCUAAGCUAGCAGCAGUGACCUAUGAAGGAAACGGACACUUCUGAAGUGGUUUGUACAUACUUGUGUACAGAUUAUUUGUGUAUAUUGCGUUAGUUAAGUUAAUACACAAGACUGUGAUUCCCUUCUUGACCCGCCUCCUACAUUUUCACUGUGUUUCUCGUCGUCCGCCAGUCAUUUCACUGGGAUGUAAUUACUAGCUGCGUCGGAUCACUUUUCCUCAACAACCAUCGUCUUAGACUUUUUUUUUUUUCCACACUUCCUGGCAAUUUAACAAAAUCGAUGUCCUUUGCUUGAAGUUACUGUCAAGUAUACAGCAACAGCUCUUACACUGACCGAGUUAUAAUCGAGUGUAUAUUAAUGAAAGCACACUAUGUUUAUGAUUUACAGUCGUUGUGAUGCCCUGUGGGACUAAGGGGCGUCUUGUGUACCAUGUCUGUGUCUGUCUUAUGUGUGGCGUAAACAGAAAAGCGAAUGGGAUUCGCAGAACCAAAGUUGAUCAUGUUGACCUUAAAUUCUCCAAGCAGCAUAUUUGGAUAGUUUAAAUCAUAAUCAUAAUGAGAAAAGGGGGAAACAAGGGCUUAAAUCAUUUUCUGGUUCAUGUUUACUUUAAAAUAACGGUUGCCAGGCGAUGUAACUCAACUGCAGGAAACAAGUGCAAAGUGUGAUUUAUAUUCAGUUGUCUAAAUGGCAAAAAUUCAGUUUUUUUUUUUUUUACGAGACCUAAAGUGGCAUGUGAUUAUGGCAUGGUCUUUUUAAAAUAAAAUAAAAAAUAGGCCAGGCUGUAGAAUUAACCUUAAAAAGCGCCCAUGGCUUGAGAAUGAAAAUUGGCUGAAAAUUUGAAAAAAUUGAUAGUUAAAGCCAUGCACCUGCAUGUUGAACGUUAUGUCUGCUAAUUUUGUAAUUAAAAGAGAGGAAGUUGUCAGUGUCAAUGGAAAUCUUAAUUCAGUCAAAAUAUUCCAUAUAUUAAAAUGUGCAGCUUGAUUAAUACAAUGAAUUGUUUACUGAGCAAAUCCAACCUCUUUAUCAACUACAUCUUAUGAGUACACAGAACUUUAACAACGCUACUAUAGUAUGACCAGUGCUGCUGUUGUGAUCUGAUGAGGAUGAGGAUGAUGAUGAAGCUUUCCUGUGUGAAUAUGUCCAUUAUAUUAUGACCAGGUG